AUGGCACCCCCAGUAUACAUCAUCUCUCGGGUCGCGGAUCCGAUUUUCGCCGUGUUCAUCGGCGUUUCGGCAGCUGCGCUGAGGAUCAACCGUGAGGAGAAGGACAAAGGCAAGUCCACGCAGGAGAUCGUUGAGACAGCCCGUCGUCGCCUCAGUUUCUUCAAGAGCUCAUAA